CUGCCAAAAUUUCUUUCUUUCUCGUGUUUUGUCUCAAGCAGAUCGCUUGUACGGAAAAUCGGUGAAAAUUACCGAAAUUAGCUGAAAAUGGACAAGACUUUUGUGCUCGCGCGCGUCACCAAGGUUCUGGGCCGUACCGGAUCCCAGGGACAGUGUACCCAGGUGAAGGUGGAGUUCCUGAACGAGCAAAACCGUCAGAUCAUCCGCAACGUUAAGGGACCCGUGCGCGAGGGCGACAUCCUGACCCUGCUGGAGUCUGAACGUGAGGCAAGAAGACUCCGGUAAAUUCGCUCCACUUCGCAACGCUUUUCCACGGACUGGACAUUCCGGCACCUUCAGGUUAUGUUUCCGUUCUGUAUACGUCGCGGUGUGUGUACCACGGCGGGGAUCCUCAACUAGCUGGCGACGAUGACUCGUUGAAGAACUCAUCCUCUUGCGGCUAAAAUGAACAUAUGUCGGUGAAACUGCGCGUUCGUGGAAGAAUGAGAAGUGCAAGCAAAUAAAUCGCGAGUUUGGAAAAACCACAAGAAA